CACGGCGGCCCGCCCUCGGCUCCGGGGUAGGCUGAGACGGGAGGGUCCUCGGCUAAAGCCAAAAGCGGAUCAAAGUGGUGGGACUCGCGCCGCGGCCGCGGAGACGUGAAGGCCGUCCGCACGCCUCCUCCCGAUCCGGGUCGGUGCUCGCCCUCGCGCUUUCUCCCCGUCCUCAUGGAGAAGACGGAGCUGAUCCAGAAGGCGAAGCUGGCCGAGCAGGCCGAGCGCUACGACGACAUGGCCACCUGCAUGAAGGCCGUGACCGAGCAGGGCGCCGAGCUGUCGAACGAGGAGCGCAACCUGCUGUCGGUGGCCUACAAGAACGUGGUCGGCGGCCGCAGGUCUGCCUGGAGGGUCAUCUCGAGCAUCGAGCAGAAAACCGACACCUCCGACAAGAAGUUGCAGCUGAUUAAGGACUAUCGGGAGAAAGUGGAGUCUGAGCUGAGGUCCAUCUGCACCACGGUGCUGGAAUUGUUGGACAAGUAUUUAAUAGCCAAUGCAACUAAUCCAGAGAGUAAGGUCUUCUAUCUGAAAAUGAAGGGAGAUUACUUCCGGUACCUUGCUGAAGUUGCAUGUGGUGAUGAUCGAAAACAAACGAUAGAUAAUUCCCAAGGAGCUUACCAAGAGGCUUUUGAUAUAAGCAAGAAAGAGAUGCAGCCCACACACCCAAUCCGCCUGGGGCUGGCUCUGAACUUCUCUGUAUUUUACUAUGAGAUUCUUAAUAACCCAGAGCUUGCCUGUACACUGGCCAAAACAGCUUUUGAUGAGGCCAUUGCAGAACUUGACACGCUGAAUGAAGACUCCUACAAAGACAGCACCCUCAUCAUGCAGUUGCUUAGAGACAACCUAACAGAAUCCAGAAGUAUUAGAUUGAAUGGAAAAGCAUUUGGCAUUUCUACGCUGGGGGUCAGAAUUGAAAUCCCUCCCGCAUCACAGAUGAUGGAGGUUGUGUGUGUCUGCAACACAGGAAGCUUCCGUCCUCUCUCUUCAUUCGCUGCUGUUUAAGUUGGUAACUUCCCUUCCCAAUAAAACCCACUUCCACCUCCUGCCUUUGUAGUUCUGGUAUUCACUUUUCUGUGUGACAGAAGUAGCAUGUUGCUGCCAGAAUACAAGCAUUGCUUUUGGCAAAUUCAAGUGCAUGUCAUUUCUUAGUACACUAGGAAGGGGAGAUAAAGUCCACAAGUCCAAGUCUAAAGCGUUCCUACUUUUCCAGGCAGAUUUGUGCACAUGUGAGGGGGGGUCCAGUUGUCUAGUGAUCGCUGUGUAGGAGUCGGACCGCUGUGUGUGUUGCUAAUCAUUGACUGUAGUCCCAAAAAAGCCUUGUGAAAAUGUUAUGCCCUAUGUAAUAGCAGAGUAACAUAAAAUAAAACUACAUUUUAUAAACCAUUUA